CUCUCCUCCUCCCUCUCCCUGAAGCUCGCCUUCACCUUCUCCGUCGCCUUCUCCUCCUUCUCCCUCACAUCCCCCUCCUCCUCCUCCAAACCCUACCCACCUCUCUCCCUCAAACCCUACUCCUCUUCCUCAUCCCCUUCUCCUCCUCCCCAAUCCCUCGCCGCCGACCUCCUCGCCCUCCUCGGCGGCCACCGCGCCGCCGCCGCCGUGCCCGCCGCCGAGGCCCGCGACCUCCGAUCCUGCCUCCGGUUCCUCGUCCCCUUCCGCCCUUCCAACGAUUUGCUGCUCCCCCGGAGGUUCGGGAAGGUUCCGAGAAGGGAUCUCCUCGCUGGAGUUGAUGGCGGCGCCACCGCCGCCGCCGACGAGAUGGUGUGGUGGCCGCCGGAGCCGGUGAUGGAGCUCGCCCAUCUCGCCGUGUUCUCCGGCGGCGAUCCCGCGGAGAUCCAACGGUUGUUGGAUCCGACCAUGUUGCCUGUGCCGGAUGUGGAGGGAUUGAAGAAGGACAAAUGCGAGCUAACAAGAACACCAUAUGGAAGGCGCUUUGCAAAUGAGGAGCUCAACUCUUACCUUGCGUUCUUGUUUGAAUUGAUUGCUUCGAGGGGACCCUCAGUAGGAUUGAACGUGUCACUCAAUCGCUACGACUUGUUUCAUGGGCACAUUUUCCUUGCCACUGGCACAGGGAGGCUUGGCAUACUGUUCCAUGCCAGAGAGUAUCCAGCCUAUGAAAAGAACUUGUUUCCUUACAAUAUGGGCUAUUGUCAGAGAGGAUCCAAUGUGGCUUACGAUGAUUCUUUGAACUUGAGGAAUAUCCUUUGGCUGGCGCCGAUGCCUUCGAAUAUUACAAGAAGUUGGGUCGCACCAGGAGUCCUGGUUAUCUUGGACGCUCAUCCUGAUGGCAUCAUAUACAAGGAUCUUAUACCAGAUUAUGUGCAGUUUGUGAGGACAAUUUAUGAAGAUGACUUUGGUGAGGUAGUUGCUGAUGUCAAUUACUUGAAUGUGGACACUGCCGUGGCGGCAGCAGAGAAGAUCUUCAUUUGCUAGAAAUUCUUUCAAAGGUGUAUCAUUUCAUUUUUUUUUUUUUCUCUCCUUUAAAGGAUAUUUAUUGUUGUAUUUGAUCCACAUUUUGAUGGAUUGGUAAUUAUGUAUUCGACAUUGUAGAUGAAUGUGAUAAAAAAAAUUAUUAUGCAAAAUAUUUUUUAAGAAACUUCAAA